CCUGGCUCACCUGAUCCUUCUACAGCAAAACCCAUGACCACAGAGUACAGCCAGAAGUCCCUGAACAGCUUCUGGAGGCGGGGCUUUGCCUCUUUGAUUGGCGGAAGUCUCCUGGUCAACUGUGAGUUUAAAAAAGGGACGCAGGAAAAGGGUGAAAAAAUCCUACAGACAGAGGCAACACAGCACUUCCCACCAGCACACAGUUAAGCCUUCAGGAUGUGGGUCAUCACCGUCAUCUCUGUGGCCUGUCUGUUGGUCAGUCCAUCCCUGGCUGGAAUCAAAGACCUCAGCUCUCACUUCACUGACUCUAAACCAGACCCCAGAGGCUUUGAACCAGAGAAGGAAUUGAAUAUAGAGGCCCUUCCGUUGGAGUUCCACAAAGAAAACACUGUCACUAAUGACCUUGUUUUUGAUGGUUUUGAGGAUGAAGAUUAUAUUGAUUUUGAUAAGAUCCUUGCUGCAGGCAAUGAUGAUUACAAUGAAGGGGAUGAGAUAGAUGAGAUUGCCACACCAGCCCCAGACAUUGAUAUCUUUGCUGAAGUGUCCGACCCAAAGAUUCGUCGUGCCAGACUCCUACGGCUGUUCCAAGGUCGUUCCCGCCUCCAACGCCUCAACAUCAUCAAUGCCCGUUUUGGUUUUAAUCUCUAUCGAAGCCUUCGUAACGACGUCAACCAGACUGACAACAUCCUGCUAGCACCAGCUGGAAUCUCCAUCGCUAUGGGGAUGAUGUCUUUAGGGGCAGGAUCUGGAACCCAUGAUCAGAUCUACAAAGCUCUGGGAUUUGCUGAGUUUGUUGAUGCUAGCCACCACUACGUCAACGCAACAGUGCACAAGCUCUUCAGGAAGCUGACACAUAGGCUCUUCAGGAGGAAUUUUGGUUACACGCUACGCUCUGUAAAUGAUGUCUACCUAAAGAAGAAUGUCUCAGUGAAAGAUACUUUCCGUGCAGAGACAAAGGCUUAUUAUUUUGCAGAGCCGCAGUCGGUGGACUUCAGGGACCCUGCCUUUCUGGGAAAGGCCAACCGUCGCAUCCAAAAGCUGACCAAAGGGCUGAUCAGAGAACCACUCAAGAGUGUGGACCCAAAUAUGGUGCUGAUGCUGCUCAACUACCUGUACUUCAAAGGUACAUGGGAACAGAAAUUCCCCAAAGAAAUGACUCACUAUCGCAACUUCAGAAUCAAUGAAAAGACAAAUGUACGCGUGCCAAUGAUGACCAACAAGGGGAACUAUCUGGCUGCUGCCGACCACGAACUUGAGUGUGACAUCCUACAGCUCCCAUACACAGGAAACAUCAGCAUGCUCAUUGCCUUGCCUAGGAAGAUCACUGGCAUGAGGACCUUGGAGCAGGAGAUCUCCCCCACCGUUGUCAACAAGUGGCUCACAAACAUGACAAACAGGACUCGUGAGGUUGUCUUACCUCGGUUUAAACUGGAGCAGACCUAUGACUUGAUUGAAAAUUUGAAGGAGAUGGGUCUCACUGACUUGUUCCAGGAGAGCGGAGAUUUCACUGGAAUGACCUCUGAAAAGGUUGCCAUAAACUGGCUAAAGCACCAGGGAACCAUCACUGUGAAUGAAGAGGGGACCGAAGCUGCUGCUCUGACCCAGGUGGGCUUCAUGCCCCUCUCCUCUCAGAUCCGCUUCACCGUGGAUCAUCCCUUCCUCUUCCUGAUCUACGAGCACCGCACAGACUGCCUUGUGUUCAUGGGCCGGGUGGUCAAUCCCUCACAGAGCUAAACUUUAACAAACAGCUAAACUAUUCACUACAAAUUCCAUCUUUGGUCAGAACUGCCAACUAAGUCUUAAUGAACCUCAGAAAUAUUACUAAUUUCCAUUGGUACAAUAUGUAAAAUGUAAAAAGUAAUGUGUCUUUAUGUGUAUUCAGUCUCUUACUGAAUACUUACACUUCUCCUUCAUAUUGCUUAAAGUGCUGAGCUUGAAUGACUCAAUGAAUGCUUGUUAUCUGUCUGUUAAUGUUUUAUCUGUUGCAAUGACGAUAGUGGAGGAGUGUACUCAAAAAAAUGAAAUUACAUAACGGUCAUUACCCUCAUGCUGUACUGUAAUAAUUGCAGAAAGACUAUUGAUGAACAACACGGGAACGGGGAUAAUGAAAUAAUACAUAACACUUCUGUACAAUCGACAAGAAUUUCUGUGAUUAAACCUAAACUCGUUACACACAUUAUUUUUACAAGACGAAAGCUUUGGUGUAGAAAAAAAAACAUACCUUGUUAUUUAAUUACUAGGUUUUUCACUUAAACCCACUUUAAACUAUUAAUAUUUCAAUACAAUGAAACAAGUCGCCUCAAAAUUGAUCUCUUAGAGAAAAUAGACUGUUAAAAAAAAAUCAGCAGUGAACUGGUGAUAAAGAUAUUUGUACUGCAGCUGACAAGGUAAAUAUUUGUUCAUAGAGUUAAAAGCUAACUAUCAGCGUGGAUUCAUCUGUAAGACAUCAAAUACUCAUGUAGAUCAUUUAACUGCACUCUAUGUGGGUAUUUUAACACACAUCUUGAAGCAAAUGAAUAGGAAUUGUCUCUAAAGGGGCAACAGUUUGCACUUACAUCACAGCACAUUGCUACUCACCACAGCAAUCACUGGGAUUAGG